GUUCAUCUCUGUAAUAGAUAUGGAAUUAGAAGUGAAGAACAGUAGUGUGGAUAAGAAGAUGAUGCUAAACUCCAACGAACAGCAUAGUUUGGUUAAAGAGGUUCUAAAGCUUGAGAAGCAAUUGGAGGAUCAGUUUGCUGUUCGUAUCGCGCUGGAAAAGGCAUUCGCAUCAUGUCCUCAUUCUGUUGAUCAUAUCGAUAAAAACCCAAUUGCAAAGCCGGUUAUGAGUCUGAUCAAAGAGAUCGCGGCUUUAGAAAUGGAAGUGAUACGUUUGGAGAAGCAUCUGUUAACACUAUACAGGACGAUUACAUUCGAUCAUCAUAAAAAGAACAAGAAAACAAAAUUUUCAGAUCUUAUAAAAAUCUCUUUAGAAGAUGGCGACGAUAAUAUGAAUUACAAGAUUAUGGAUUCGGGUAUUUAUCGAAGCUUAUCUUCUCUAUCGCAAGGCUCGGCUUGUUUGUUAAACACUUCUCCAUUGGAAAAUCUUGCUCUUCCCAUUGAUCCUUACCAUUCCUUGCCUCUGUCAAUGCUUGAGCGUACAAAUGACUCAAGUUUAGGCCUAAGAAUCCACGAUCAAGCAAUGGAGAAGGCGAAUUGGAUUUCAGAGGAAAUGGUAAAAUGUAUAUCGAGCAUAUAUUGCGAAUUGGCAGAUUCGCGUUUCUCUGGCCAAGAAUUUCCUUCCUCUUCGGCUUCAUUUUCAUCAGAAAGUGAUUCAUCUCCCCCAUGUCACAUAGGAAGAAGAACAAAUGAAUAUAGCUCAGUAAUUGAGAUCAAUUUCAUUAAUAGAAAUGAACAAAAACUAAGAGGGGUAAGGCAUAUGUUGUGGAGUUACAGAUCGCUCGUUUCUCAAUUGGAAAGAGUUGAUCCUAUGACAAUGAAGCACGAGGAGAAGUUGGCGUUUUGGAUAAACGUGCACAACGCCCUUGUGAUGCAUGCAUAUAUAGUUUAUGGGGUACCUCGAAAUAAUAUGAAGAGAACAUCCUUGAUACUUAAGGCUGCCUAUAACGUCGGUGGACAUACGAUCAACACUGAAGUGAUACAAAGUUUGAUCCUCAAUUGUCGAUUGAUUCGUCCAGGACAGUGGAUUCAAUCCUUAUUUUUAAGGAAGACAAAAUUUAAGGUUAGAGACACCCGAAAACAGUUUGCAAUACAACACCAAGAACCUCGCUUGUAUUUUGCGCUUUGCUCUGGAAAUCGUUCUGAUCCUCAGAUUCGCAUCUUCACACCAAAGAGAGUGUUUGAGGAGCUUGAAUCCGCAAAAGAUGAUUAUAUCCAGGCUAACAUAGUAAUUCACAAACAAUGUAAGAUUACUCUACCAAAGAUUUUGGAUUUAUUUGCGAGAGAUUCUUGUUUGGGUCCUGCCGGUUUUGGAGAAAUGAUUUGUCCAUUUCUGCCCAAUUAUGUGAGGAAGAAUAUGGGAGGUGGGAAAUUGUGGAAAAGGAUUGAAUGGAUUCAUCACGACUUCGCCUUUCGCUAUAUGAUCUCUAAAGAACACGUCAAAUAAAUUGGAACAACAAUUAAUGGAUCGCGAAAAGAAUGGAACAAGAUUGGAUUGUUUAGUUGUUGAUUUUCUUUAGCCUACAAAAGCUUAAUUAUAUAUGGUUUGAUCAUUUGUAGUGGCAUUCAUUGUCAAUGAAAUCUCAUUUUCUUUCCUUAGA